AUGUCUGACUCCAAGACCAUGAUCACCUUGAUCAGCAAUGACAAUGUUCACAUUCAGGUUGAGAGAACCGUCGCCGAGCGCUCUAUGCUCAUCAAGAACAUGCUGGAGGAUCUGGGAGACUGCGCCAUGAGCUCUGCUAUCCCCAUCCCCAACGUGAAUGAGCCCGUCCUCAAGAAGGUUAUCGAGUGGUGCGAGCAUCACAAGAACGACCCUCAAACCACCGCCGACGAUGAUUCUGAUUCUCGCAAGAAGACCACCGAUAUCGAGGAGUGGGACCAGAAAUUCAUGCAAGUUGACCAAGAGUUGCUCUUCGAAAUCAUCCUCGCCUCCAACUACCUCGACAUCAAGCCUCUCCUCGAUGUUGGCUGCAAGACAGUUGCGAAUAUGAUCAAGGGCAAGUCUCCUGAGGAGAUCCGCAAGACCUUCAACAUUACCAACGACUUCACCCCGGAGGAGGAGGAGCAGAUCCGCCGGGAGAAUGAGUGGGCUGAGGACCGCUAG